CUUGGUGGGAAGAGCUUUUCAACGUCGCCCUGGCUGCCAUGGCCACUGGCGCCUUUGCUACCUGCGAUGUUUUGGCGGCUUGCCCAGUGGUCCAGGAGAUCAUCCAUGAUGUGAACGGCGACUAUGCGGAUGAUGCCACCUGGGUGUUGACCAGCAGCUUCGUGAUUCUCACCAUGCAAAGUGGAUUUGGAAUGUUGGAAAUGGGAUGCUCACACAGAGGUCACGAAGUAAACAUCAUGCUGAAGAAUGUCUUUGACGUUAUUUUUGGUGGUUUGGCAUACUACAUGCUUGGCUUCGGGAUUUCGCAUGGUUCUCCAUCCAACUCCUUCAUGGGACUUGGCGACUUCCUGGUGGACAGCAACCAGAAUGACCAAACUCUUUCAGGGCUUCGCUUCAGCAGUUACAUUUUUCAAUUUAGUUUCGCUGCCACCUCCACGACGAUUGUGAGCGGCUGUUUGGCCAUGCGAUGUCGUUUCAUGGUCUACUGCUUUUACUCGUUCUACUCGGUGGUGAUGUAUGCCUUUGUGGCACACUGGGUUUGGGCGGAGAAUGGCUGGCUCAAAGAAUUUGGGGCUCAUGACUUUGCGGGCAGUGGCCCGGUCCACAUGUUUGGCGCCAUCAAUGGCUUCAUAGGUAUCGUGUGCCUGGGCCCGCGGCUAGGGCGCUUCGACGGGAGCCGUCCAGGGCAAGAAUUCCAUGCCUCAUCUCCGGCCAGCAUUCUGUUUGGGCUUUUUAUGCUUUGGUGGGGUUGGAUUGGUUUCAAUUGUGGGAGCUCCUUCGGCAUUACGGAAAAGAAGUGGCUGGUGGCCACGCGUGCCGCGGUGACCACCAUCAACUCGACUGCGGGGGGCGGCAUGUCAGCCUUGAUCUACACCAAGGUGAAGUCGAGAGGGAAGCUGAUCAGACCGGAGGAGAUCGCUAAUGGCAUUCUGGGUGCCUUGGUGUCCAUCACUGCAACCUGUGCCUGCGUCCAUCCCUUCGAAGCUCUGGUCAUCGGCUUCGUGGGCUCCAUCAUCGCCCUCCUGACCAACGACCUGGUCGAGUUCCGGCUGCGCAUCGACGACCCCGUGGGCGCCAUCGGCGUGCACGGCUCCGCCGCGAUGUGGGGCAUCCUGGCCGUGGGGCUUUUCGCGGACACCGCCCUGCCCGGCAUUCAGGUCGACAAUGGCCUUCUUCGGGGCGGCGGGUUGAGAUUAAUGGGCGCCCAGCUGGUUCUGAUGUUGGCUAUCUUGGGCUGGUCGCUGGUGGUGGUGACACCCUUCUUUCUGCUGGUCGGCAUCGCCUUCAGUGGAGACUGGCGUGAUUUUCGUCGGGGCUUACGUGUGGAUCCUGAGCAUGAGAUCUCCGGUUUGGACCAAGCCUAUCAUGGAUGUGGUCCCCCCGCCUCAUACCCCACCGCCAUGCAAGUGAUGGCGCCUCCGAAGAAUUUCGUGGUUGUGGAUGAUGACCCUGAACAGGAAGUUCAGCUGUGAAUUGCACUCAGUUUCACAUUCUUUUCACACGUUUCAUUGUCGGUUUCACUCGAAUAUACUCGAAUAUUUUCAUGUCGCAGAAAGAUGAAACAGAAUGAACCAGAUGC